AUGAAAGCCCCAACAAGGAGGGUAAAGGGCAAACGCCGGGAGGAUGGAAGUGCCGAAAAUCCUCCCAAGGCAAUGAAAGCAAGCGCAGCACCAGAGACCCAGAUGGUUGCCGCUUGUGCCUCCGUGCCGACCUCGAGUCCAAACCCGACCGGUGCGCCGGCCAUGGAGAAGCGGCCAUUUGCAAAACUCCUGCUGGAUGCGAUCAAUGCUCACAAGGAACUCGUGCAGCUGCCCAGAAGCGAGCCGAUCACCGACGCUGUCAGGGUUCCGAUCACUUCUGGAAGCCUCCAGGUUGAAGCAUGUCCAGGUUCUCUCCUCCCACCCAUUCUCGAACUCCCCGGCAUCGUGGUGGGAUCCGACGCAAGACUCGCCCUGCGCCACCUCUGCUUGCGCGCCAAAGCUGGAGCAGACCAGGGUCAUCCAUUGAUCGAAGUGAGAAGUGGCGGCUUCUUGGAGCUGGCAGACUGUCGCCUUGAAGGCGCUGGGCUCAAGUUGCAUCCCGGUGCAUCCGCGCGCCUCCUCCGCACGCGCAUCUCUGGGUCGAAGCAUGCGGGAGUUUCUGCAGUGGACACCUUGGAUCUAUCAGUGGCCGAAUGUGAGAUUUCCAACUGCAACGGCGAAGGACUCCAUGCAACCUCGGUAAAGAACUUGCGAGUCUCAGACUGCACAUUCUCAAAUAAUAUGCAAAACGGAGCGUUGGUUGAUGGCAGAGCUGGCGAAUCCUCUUUCUCUGGCUGUACCUUGUCGGCCAACGGUCAAUUCGGCCUUUGGGUCGACUCAGGCUGCAGCGUGUCAUGGAGCAGAAACUUGCUUGUGGGCAACACACUGGGCGAGGUUGGAGGUCGCGGAAGCCUGGAUCAGAAUGCUGAAGCCUUUGCUACAGGAGAUGCCUGCAUGGUGUGGAUUGAAAGGGUCGGCGAAUGGGUGCCCGCGAAAGUCUUGGAAGUGAAAGACGAGGCUUUUCUCGUCCUCGCAGAGGUUCAAACUGGGAAGGGGGUGGAUGUCACGGACGCAAGCGAAAGCGCGAGCGUCCUGCGUCGCACUCGCCAGAAGGCGCCCGAGCCUAGCCCAAGGGUGAAAACAGAGGAGAUCCAGGUUCCAGCUGAUGCCGUCCGUCUUCCAAAAUCUUCAGAAGAGGCUCCGCCUGUCUGGUCGAAGAAGCUGGAAGCUUACAGGCGACGAAAAAGUGCUUUUCUGCUCUUCUUGAGGGAAGGCGGCAAAGGAGCGGCAGCAUGGAAGGCACUGGAUCCUCGAGAGCGAGGGCGCAUCCAAGCCAAGGCAAGGAAGGAGCACAGGGAUAAGCUCGAGGCUCCUGAAAAAGGCAAAGCACACGGUGUGCAUGGCGUUUCUUUUGCUGCUGGAGAAGCGAGCCAUGCACGCCCACAGAGAGCAGAGAAUCGUGUGCAAAGACCGGCAAGGAAAUCUGCAGUUUUCACUCGCACGAAGCACCGAAUUUGA